ACAGAAUAGGAUUACCUCCAGAAUUCUACGUGGCCAUAAAACCCUGACUCUUAGUGAAGACCAGAAAAUUUUUAAGAAGAAUUAAGGCACCAAAAAUGCAUCCUUAUAUAGCCACUGUACUUGAUGUCCUAAACACUGUUUUCAUAACACCAUUGACGGCGGGAAAUGUUGUCCAAUCCGAAGACAGUUACGAUGGCGACACAAGAAAAACUGACGGAAGCUUGUCCUCUAUGGUGACCAUUGCCUGCUUGACUGCAAUAACGUUUGUAGUCAUAGGAAUAUAUGCCAAGAGUGACGACCCAGGAAAGUCAACGGUUGCCAUAACAACGAUGACAUUCGUCUUGACUGCAAUGGCGCUGUUUGCCAUAGUUCUCAUUGCAGUCCUCGCCUUUCGGAAAAGACACGAAUGGUUCAGCCCAUCACGAGUUAAAGAGGAUGCUUCCAAAAAAUUUAAAGGAAAAUUCCUUUGGCUGUUCAGUCUUGGUAUAAUAAUGAAAAAUGCGCUUGAAUUGGCUAUCAACAUUGAUUGUGUCGAUAAAGAAAUAGACAAAAAAUAUGUGCUGGCUUUUAUGGUGGUUCAUAUUGUCUCCAUAUUAUAUUUCUGCAUUCAAACAGGUUUCAUUAGUUACUUUAAAGACUACAAUUUCAAAAGUUCAGUUAGAAUAAAUUAUGGUAUAUUAAUUGUUUUGCUAACAAAUUUGACUCUCUGGUUCACGAGCGUCGUUGGAGAAAACGAGGACUUUCGUUUUUCAAAGAACAAAACCACGGGAAUCGAUGAAGAAAUGGAGUGUUUUCAUAACUCUAGUAUCCAUAAAUUACGCGAAAAAACUCUACCAUUUCUUAACCCUUGCGGAAUAGAGUACGCCUUGCUGGCCACAAGUUUUAUGUUGUCAUUGUGGCCAUCCGUCAAAAAGGAAAUCCAUGAUUCCCAAGAAUUGGAGGAUUCGGUCAACAUGGAUAACAUUGAGGAAAGUUGUGAUGAGUAUACGCCUCUGUUCCGAAGAAGACGACGGCGAGUUCCGCCGACCGAGGCUCGUCUUGAGGAGCCAAAACGCCGCAACCCGGUUGCGUUCUUCCUCGCCAUUUUGUUUGGCCUCAUUCUAAAUCUCCCUGUGAUUAUCGCUUCGGUGCUGGUACUCUUUAAAGUGGACAUGUAUGAGCCCGGCAGACAUGCUAGAGUUCGAUGGUCCAUUAUGGCUGCGUACAAAUUGUCCAUGUUGAUUAUGGUGUUCAUCCUUUUUUAUCACAUUACUAAAUAUGGUCAAUCAAACAACGUGAAGAGAAAACUCUCCUCGACUGAAUACAUUCUGGUUUUUGCAAACGCAGGAACGAUUGCAGUUUGCACUUUCGAUUUCAUCGUGAGCUUAAACAAACACAGAUUUAUUCUGAUGACAGAAAACAUCAUUGAUAUUAUUUUGACUUUUCUUCAAACGACCUUAAUCAUGCAUUCUACGCGUGUGACCAUAAGAAAAACUCUGGACAGUUUUCUAGCAGCUGAGUAUGUUUGUCUGCUAUUGUCCAUCUGUAAUAUCGUGCUGUGGGUAGGUGAUAGCUUUAGUAAUGUGGAGAAUAGUGUUUAUACCCUGGCCGACGACAAAAACAUCAAAACAAAUAAAGUGAUGAAGUAUGUUAUAUUCCCCAUCCUCGUAUUCUAUCGUUUCCACGCGUCCAUCGAUUUGUUUGGACUUUUUUCCAGGAUGAGAAAGGAUUAAGGGUUUCUUGACUAUGAUAGCAGAGAGAGAGAGAGAGAAGGGAUG